GAGCCAGGAACUCUGUUUUUCUAAGAUGCGUUUGACGUCGGAACGCUAACCUUGUAGUUCUUAAGUCUGGACAUUGUCACGUGUGUUUUGAAAAGUUGAUACGAUAGGAACGUGUGCUUCGCAUGGUUUUCAUCGAAGAUUAAGACAGAAGUUUACUGAUAUCUGUCCUAUGUGCAGCCGUUGUUUUUAACGGGUGCUAUUAAUUUGUUGGCUGCCUGAGAAGAGUCCACGGUAAAGAAGACACGAAGAGAAGCUUAUCAUUAUGGUGUUCUUCACCUGCAACGGAUGUGGCGAAUCCUUGAAAAAAGCUCAAGUCGAUAAACAUGUAAUGAAGUGUCGUGGGUGCCAAGUUCUGUCCUGUAUCGACUGCGGAAAAGACUUUAGGGGCGAGGACUACAAAAACCACACUAAAUGCAUCAGCGAGGAUCAGAAAUACGGUGGAAAAGGUUACGAGGCCAAGGCGAAUAAAGGAGAUGUGAAACAGAAGCAGUGGUUACAGAGAAUCAGUGAAGCCAUGAACAAACCCGGGGUCAGCGCUAAGCUGAGAGAUGUGCUCUACCAAGUUAGCGGUUAUGAAAACGUGCCGAGGAAAAAGGCCAAGUUUCAGAACUGGAUGAGAAGCAGUUUAAAAAUAUCAAACAUUGGGCUACAAGAGGAGGUGUGGGACAUAAUUGCUGCUGCAGACAAUACUCCUCCGGCCACACAAACGACCAAAGGACCUGCCGACAUGGAGGCUGACAUCCAAGUGGACAUCAACGGAACUAAGGGCCAAGAAGACCAGUCAGACACUGAAGAGAAGAAGAAGAAGCUGAACAAACGGGAGCGCAAAGAGGCCCGUCAGCAAAGGAAUGGAAAAGCUCCCAAGGGAAAUGAAAAAAGAACUACAGAAGAACCAGAGAAAGGCCAGACAGGCAAACAGAAAAAGGAGGACAGAAAGAGAAAACAGAAAGGAGAUGAAGACCAGACUGAGAACGGUGUUGAAGAAGAUUCCAAGAAAACAAAGAUUGAUGACGCUGCAGAGUCAGAGGAAACUGAAGAUCAAGCCACGUCUCACGGCAAAUUCAACUGGAAGGGAAACAUCAAGGCAGUGCUGAGAGAGUCACCUGACCAGGAGCUGUCAGUGAAAAGACUCAGAAAGAAGGUUUUGGCAGCCUACUACUCUUUCGCUGGUGACAUAAAUUUCAAAACGGAAGAUGAGCUGUUGGCGCUUUUCAACAAAAAGAUCACCAAAAACCCCAAGUUUAGAGUUUUAAAAGACAGAGUGAAGCUUUUGAAGUAGUCUCCUCCUUUAACAACAUGUUCUCCAUGGAUUUAAGUGAAAGUAAUUAUUGCUGUUCUCCUUGGUGGCGUUUUAUACAAAUGAACAAUUUCCAGGAUUAAAUGGUUUUACGCAGUGA